UCUAUUUUCUAUCUCCUUCACUCUUGUAAUGGCGGAGACGAAGAACCGGAUACCUUACUAGGCGAUGAGAGAGAGUGUGCAGUCGCAGGCUCGCAGCUAAUGGAGCUCCUCCUCCUCCGGAUAGCUGCCUUCUUCCUCCUCCUCCAUCUUGAAUCGGCCCAGCCGGGCCACGGUCCGCCCGCUGGAGACGCAGAGCUCCUGAUCUCCUUCAAGUCUUCCCUACCCAAUCCACAGGUGCUCGCGAGCUGGAGAGCUAGCGCGAAUCCGUGCUCCUUCGCCGGCGUUACGUGCCGGAGUUCGACCGUCGUCGCCGUCAACCUUCAAAACGUCGCCUUGGGCGUCCAUUUCCGCGUUGUAACCUCCUACCUUCUUCAGCUCAGAAGCCUCGAACGCCUCUUCCUUCGCCGCUCGGAAAUCAAUGGCAGCCUUGCCGCGGGAGUCAACUGCGGCGCGCAUCUCUCCGAGCUCGACCUCUCCGGCAACGGGCUGGCCGGCACCGUCUCCGAUGUAUAUGCUCUUUCUUCCUCCUGUUCAUCACUAAAGUCCCUCAACCUCUCCGGCAACCACAUCCGUCUGGCCGACGGCGGUAACACUUCCCGCACCAGUCUCGGAUUCCGGCUACAGUCAAUGGAUCUGUCCUUUAAUCGUAUCAGCGACAUUGAAAAUCUCCCCUGGUUCCUCUCCGACUUGGGUCUUCUCCAGUUUCUUGAUCUCUCCGGCAAUCACUUCGCCGGUGGAAUUCCAGCGAUCGGCAAUUGUUCGACCCUACAGCAUCUCGACCUUUCAGCAAACGAUUUCUCGGGAAGCAUCCAUGAUGGAACCUUCAGUGAUUGCCGGAGCCUCAGCUUCCUGAAUCUCUCCAACAACAACUUCUCCGGCGUUCUCCCGGGCGAGUUCUCCACAUUCUCAUCUUUAACUACACUCAUUUUAUCAAGCAACAAUUUCUCAGGAGAUUUCCCGAUUGAUAUUCUAUCUUCAAUGAACAACCUGAAAAUCCUAGAUUUUUCAUUUAAUAAUCUAACCGGAGUUCUUCCUGUCGGGCUCUCAAAGUUCGCGGCGCUUGAACUGCUGGAUCUCAGUUCAAACAGCUUGUCUAAAUCGAUACCAAUGGACCUCUGCCAAAAUCGAGAUUUUGGUUUGAAGGAACUCUAUUUACAGAACAAUCUCUUCUCCGGCGUCAUUGCGGCGACCCUAUCAAACUGCUCCAAACUCGUUUCUCUUGAUCUGAGCUUUAACUAUCUCACAGGAAGAAUCCCUUCCUCUCUGGGAUCUCUCUCACAGCUCCGAGACCUGAUAAUGUGGCAGAACCUCCUUGAAGGAGAUAUUCCGGCAGAGCUUAUCAGCGCCCGUUGUCUGGAAAAUCUCAUCCUCGACAACAAUGGCCUCUCUGGUUUAAUUCCUAACGGCCUCCGCAACUGUACUAAUCUGAACUGGAUUUCUAUCGCCAGCAAUCAUCUCACUGGUCCAAUACCUCCAUGGAUUGGAAACCUAAGCAAUCUCGCCAUUCUGAAACUCGGCAACAACUCUUUGUCGGGCCCUAUACCGCCUGAGCUCGGCGAUUGCCGGAGCCUGAUAUGGCUUGAUCUUAACAGCAAUCAGCUCAACGGCACCAUCCCUCCAACCAUCUCCAACCAGUCCGGAAAAAUCGCGGUUGGCCUUGUCACCGGAAAAAGGUUCGUCUAUCUGAAAAACGACGGGAGUAGCCAUUGCAGGGGUUCAGGAAAUCUCCUAGAAUUCGCUGGAAUCCGCCGGGAGGAGCUCCACCGUCUUCCCAGUUUUCGAAUCUGCAACUUCACCAGAGUCUACAUGGGAAGCACGCAAUACACAUUCAACAACAACGGCUCCAUGAUUUUCCUCGAUCUUUCUUACAACGAAUUAGAGGGCCCUAUUCCAAAAGAAAUCGGCAAAUUGUACUAUCUUAGCGUCCUGAAUCUCGGCCACAACCAUCUUUCCACCGUCAUUCCUCCAGAAUUAGGAAACCUGCAUAGUCUUGGAGUUCUUGAUCUCUCCCACAACGCAUUGGAAGGCCCUAUUCCAUCCUCGUUCUCCGGCUUAUCCAUGCUUUCCGACAUCGAUCUGUCCAAUAAUAAGCUCAAUGGCACUAUCCCUGUACUCGGGCAGCUCGCUACUUUCCCACGUUUUCGAUACGAGAACAAUUCCGGUCUCUGCGGUUUCCCACUGGUAGCUUGCGGUGGAAACCCCAGCACAGAUUCCGGCAACAAAAACCCAAAAUCUCCCCAUCGGCGAGCUUCUAUUGCAGGGAGUAUUACAAUAGGGCUUCUAUUUUCCCUCUUCUGCAUCUUCAGCGUCUCUGUUAUACUAGUAGAGAACAGGAAGAGACAGAGGCAGAAGCAGAAGAAGGAAGAAGAUCAUAUCAGCGGUGAAACGGGGAUUAAAGAUAUCGCUUUAACUAUCAGCCUCGCUACAUUCGACAAACCUCUGCAAAAUCUUACCUUUCAUGACCUCCUCAACGCCACCAAUGGCUUCCACCAGGAUUUCCUAAUCGGCUCCGGGGGCUUCGGCGACGUCUACCGCGCCCAGCUCAAAGACGGCACCUUUGUCGCCAUCAAGAAACUCAUACAAGUCACCGGGCAAGGAGAACGGGAAUUCACCGCCGAAAUGGAAACCAUCGGAAAAAUAAAGCACCGAAAUCUAGUCCCGCUUUUAGGCUACUGCAAAGUUGGAGAAGAAAGGCUUCUGGUAUACGAAUAUAUGAAAUAUGGAAGCCUUGAAGACGUUCUCCACAACAAGAACAAGACAGGAAUAAGAUUGAACUGGCCGACGCGGCGAAAAAUCGCCGUCAGCGCAGCUCGCGGACUGGCUUUUCUCCACCACAGCUGCAUUCCACAUAUAAUCCACAGAGACAUGAAGUCCAGCAAUGUGUUGUUGGACGAUAAUCUGGAAGCCAGAGUCUCCGAUUUCGGCAUGGCGAGGUUUAUGAGCGCCAUGGACACCCAUCUCAGCGUAUCGACCCUCGCCGGAACACCUGGGUACGUCCCGCCGGAGUAUUACCAGAGCUUCCGCUGCACGACGAAGGGCGACGUUUACAGCUUUGGGGUCGUCUUGCUCGAGCUUCUAACGGGUCGUCAGCCUACCGAUUCUUCUGAUUUCGGGGAAAAUAACUUGGUUGGAUGGGUUAAGCAACAUUCGAAGAUUAGAAUCAGGGACGUUUUUGAUAAGCAUUUGCUUGAUGAAGAUUCGACUUUGGAGUUCGAGCUGCUUGAGCAUUUGAAGAUCGCCUGCUCUUGUCUUGAUGAUCGGCCGCUUAGGCGGCCGACGAUGUUGAAUGUGAUGGCCAUGUUCAAGGAAAUUCAAGCUGGUUCGAAUCUUAGUCUUCAGGAAGACAAGGAAGUAAAGAUUGAAGAUUUUUCACUUUCUUUUUCGGAUUAGAAUUGGUGUGAGGAAGAACACUUCAGUAGAUGUUCUUAACUUGUUUACCAUACAUUUUUUUUGGCUCAAUGUACAUGAAGAAAAAUGGUUGUUUGUUGAGUGCUUUCAUUUGAGUUAAAAAGAAGAAAUUUUUAUGCAUGAAUUUUUAUACUUAACUUUGUAUAAUGAUUUUUUUUU